CAAAACUAAAUUGUUGAAUACAAAGUGAAAUUAAAAAUGUCUCCCAGAAAGCGAAAAAAUGUUAAACAAACCAAAAUUACUAAUAUAAAACGAAUUAAGACAAAAAAAACACAAACUAGUCCAAAACCAAAGGAGGAUAUAAGUCUGCAAGAAAAACCCCGUGAAGAAUUAAAAACUCGAUCAGUCUUUCCAGUCACGAUCGACGAGUUCAUUGAAAAUACAAACAUAAUCGAAGUAAUUAAAGAUUAUAUUAAAGAUAAAUAUUCAACAGCCUUAGAAACAUAUCUCACGGCACCAGAAAUCAUGAGCAGGGUAAAAAAUACAUAUAACGUUUUUUACAAAAGACCACAACGACGAUGUAUGGCACCAAUGAAAUAUGUUCGCAUCACUAGUGACUGUGAUGAAAAUACAAAACAACGUUUGUUUAAAAUUCCAGAAUAUUAUAAACAUUUGUGUGAAAAUAAAGAUAAUGAACAUCAAAGCGUAAAAAAAAGUUUAAAGAAACAAGAUAGUUCUCCAAAUAAAAAUAUAAAUAGCAUUACCGAUAAAAAGAUAUUAGAAGAAAAGAUCCUGGGACUAAAGAGUAUUAUAUCAAAUUUUGAUGUUAACAACAAAGAAACAAAUGAAAAAGAGUGCAACCUUCCAGUCAGUUUUGAAACGUUUAAAAGGUUCACUUUUCACAAUGAUGUUAUUGAUAACAUUUGCCAAAGCAUAAAGGAGUUGGAGUAUGAGUUGCCAAUUUCAAAUAUAUCAAAAGAAGAAUUAUUUGAUAAUAAUAAAUUACUUCGGAGUUACUACAAAACAUUUUACAUGCAAACGGUUAUUCGGACAAUAUUUCCAUUGAAAAUAAAACCAUGUCCAGGACGUUUAAAGGACAAACUUUUGAAAUAUCCAGAAAUUACGUCAGAUCAUGAAGAGCCUACAGUAAGUAAUAGAGAUGUUAUAAAAUCUAAUACGAAGGAACAUUUAAAUAAGAAAACAAAAUUAGGAAGCAGGAAAGAAGAUAAAAAUAUGGAAAAAUGUUCAUUAGCGUUAGAAAUUAAGGCAUCCAAAGAUAAUGAUCUACAUCAUAGUUAUAUGGAUGAAAAAACUUCAAACGAAAAAAUUCAAGUAUUACGAAGAUUGAAAAGUUUUAUUAUACCUAACUUCGAUGACAAGAAUGCAGAGCUACAAAAGCAUAAUCCUCCUGUUAGUUUAGAAAUAUUUAAAAAGUAUACCUUGUAUAAUGAGGUUAUUGAUCAAAUAUAUCAAGAUAUGAUACACACAGAUUGUUCGUUAAUAAUCCUUAAACCCUCAGAAGAAAAAUUUUUGAAUCGUGAUCGCUUGCUUCAAAGCUAUUAUAAAGCAUUUUAUUUUCAACCCAACAUUAGAAAGUUAUAUCGCUUAAGAGUUAAACCAUGUCCGGCACAUCUAAAGGCAAAACUUUUAUCACUUCCCAAAAAAAUGUAUAAUGCUGUUUCAGAAAAUGAUUCUACGACAAGUAUUGAAAAUAACGAAAAUGUUGAUCAUAACAUAAUUACAUCAGUGGUGGCACCAUUUAACAAGAAAACUAAAUUAAAUCAAAUAUUACAAAAUAAAGCUGUCAAAGAGAAUACUGAACGAAAUUCUAAAUUACAUGAAAGCAAGUUUAAAACAAAAACAACAAAAACUCCUGAAUCAAGUUCACCCGCAAAGGUUCUCUUAUGGAAACAAGAUUACCCUAAUGAGACUAAACAAACAAGUGCAACUUGCAUAAUGGAACCAAUUAUUUCUGGUGUUAUGGAGAAUGAAGUCGUCAAAGAUUCAGCGGAAUAUCAUUUAGUUCCAUGCCCUUCAAAUUUACGUGCAAAACUUGGAAACUUAGCGGUAAAAAACAAUGACAACGCCGUGGUGUUACCAAAAGGGCCUCAAUUGACAACUAAAUACGACGAUUCAAAAUUCUCACUGAAAUUUCAAGAUUUCCUAAUGGGUACAAAUGUUUUAGAUCUUCUGAUAAAAACUUACAAUACUACUGAUGAUGAUUUAGUGAAUAUAGCAUUCGAAUAUUACAUCAAAUUUGUUACUAAUCCUGUUAAUCCAAAUGUGGAACUAUUUAAAAAUUUGAUGAUACAUGCAAAUGAAAAAUCAGUAAAAUCAUUUUAUACUAUAUAUACUCAAAAUAAAAAAGACUCAUCUAAAGAAGUAAAGGCUAUAGAAGAUAUGCAAGGACCGAAAGCGAGUAAGUCCAUUAAUAAGAAUAAUAUGUUUCCUGUCUCAAUAGCUGAAUUCAAAAAGUACACAUAUUAUAAAGAAGUGCUACUUCAAAUUUUGAAAGAAAAAGCCAAAGGCGAUGAAGAACUUUUUGCAAAAUUACGGAGAAAUAAAUUGGUUUGGAAGAAAGCGCUGCGAUUGUAUUACACGAAUUUCUUUUUUAAACCAUCGAUACGUAAAAAAUACACUUUACGUUUGAAAGAAAUGCCGCAAAGUUUGAAGGCAAAAUUUUUAGAAAUACCUGCAAAAUCAACAACAGUGAAGGAAAAAAAAAAAUGUGAUAAAAACCAUUUAAAAAGUGAUAGAGAAUCAAAUUACACCUAUUUCGAUAGCUAUAAGCCAUUAUCUGAUGAAUUUUUAUUAAUGUACAUAUCAAAAAAAGUGUCUGAUGUUAAUAAGCAUCCAGAAAUUUUAAAACGUAUAAAGGAAAAUAAACAACCACAUAAAAGACAGUCGGGAAUAGAAACAAUAUCAAUAGAAACGAUUGUGCCACCAAAUAUUGAAAAUGAAAUAACAUUGGAUGAACAAUCGCCAGUCAUACCUGAAGAAAACAUGGAAAUAUUCAAUAAGUUGUUCGAUCCAAUUCCUUUGAAAUGUACUUUAUCCUAUGUACUUCGUUUUUCUUUUGGUCCAAAACAAUCUGUUCUGCGCACAUUGAUGCAUAUAUCGUUCGAAGAUUUCUGCAAGUUCACAAAUAUUUAUCAAUUGUCUAAUAUCUAUAAUGAUAAACUAAAACUAUUCAAAAUUUAUGAAUCCACGAUUAAAAAAGACAUAUGGCCGUUUAAUUUAUAUAUGCGCAUAAGUGAUAUUUUCCUUUAUUUACUGUUAAAUGAUGUAAAGCUUGAUUUAAGUGAUUUACAACAUAUAUCACCAAAGUUUUUACAUUGGAGUGAUCUUGCAGUGAAUACUGAUUUUAAUGAAAUUGUAAAAGAAGAUUAUUUUAAUAUGAAUGGAGAGCGCAUUGAUGGUGAUGAACAGCUACAAAUUUCUCGUGAAAGUUUUUAUACUCGUUGCUGGAAUGAGGACGAUUGGAUAUGGCGAAUACCCAAAAUAACUAAUAAUUCGAUCCAAGAGAAAAUUAAUGUUACUAAAGCAUUAUCUGAUGAAGAUGCAGAACAGUUGACUGUUGAGAAAAAAAAUGUAAAGGACUCAUAUAUAUCACUGGAAAAGUGUAAGUAA